CCGUCAACUGAGCCAUGCGAUUCGGAUGCUACUAAAGAGAAGUCAGAAGAGGAUAUGAGAGCUCGUGCAAUAGCCAAAUGUCCCAGUGAUCAUAUUGUUCUUCGACUUCAGUACCUUGAUGAUCGUGUCCGCUAUGUACACGCUCCGGAGAAUAUGCCAAUAAUGUAUUUCAAAAGGAAAUUUUUCUCCGAGGAAAUGCUCACCCAAAACAAAAACAUUCGCCUGAUCUUCCAGGGGCGAGAACUAGCAAAUCGCGAACAGACCUCCGGAACCAUUUCUGCCCCCAUUCCGGGCGAUUCUGUGGAUCCCUCGCUGCGUCGGCUAUGUGAUUACGGUGUCAGGAACAAUUCUACCAUUCACUGUCUGGUCACCGACAUGCCGACCAACCGCCCGUCCUCAUCAGCAACUACGCGCGGUCGUGAACCAAACGUCCGUUUCAUAGGCAGCGCGGGCAAUGUCGACAUCGAUUUUGGCUCCUAUUUCAUGAUGCCUCUCUUCGCCUUCAUUAUCGGCAUUACCUGGAUUUUGCGCCUUGUAUUCCGCCAAUACUUCAGUUUUCUUUCCACCUCAGCCUUAGUACUACUUUCAGGAUUGUUUUGUGGCGCAGCUUGGUCAGUUUCUCGAGGACCCAGACCUGCUCGUCAUGCAGAACCCGCUGCAGGUGAUGCGACUACGAGAAACGCCCACGCGGCGCCCUCAAGGGCGGUCGGCUGA